AUGGAAAAUGUGGAGGGGGAUAUGUUUGACAACACUUUGAACAAAGGUAACAGCAGUAACUACAACAAUAAUAGCAGUAGCAACAACAUAGACGUCAUCAGCAACAACUCUGGCAGCAAUAUCAACAACGUUAUCGGCAACAACUACUUAAACAACUAUAUUAUUAGCAACAACACUGAAAAUUACAACUACAGCGUUGUUAACAACAGCCUCCCUAUCCACAACUGCAACAGCAAUGAUUCCAACAAUAACAUCAACAUCAAUAGCGACAACAACAACAGAAUCUUCAACGGCAUCGACGACAACAACACUAUUAACAACAAAAAUCAUAUCAACAAUAGCAUCAACAGCAGUAACAGUGACAAAAAUAAUCCAAUAAAAGCAUCGGCAACAACAACGCAGAAAAGGCCUCAAAAUGCACCAUCGAUCAUGCAUGGUCCACAAAACUUUACAACUAUCGAAAGUUGCGAACGCAUUCGCAAAAACUACUCCAUUGCCUGCAACACUUACGUAAGAGCAACAACCAAUGUCGGCAUCCUCACUAAAUAUCAAACACAUCGAGAAGCCUCAUCCAGGAGUCAAACUGCCAAGAAACUCUGCUCAGUGGUCAGAGGUCAUUACUUACUUUCAGCUUACGACAAUCUUGACAAGUUCACGCUAGCAUCUCAAUCAAUAAUUAAAAUCACUUCGCUUCCAACUAUGGAAAAUAUUAAUUCAAAAACAUGUUCAAACGACAACAGUAAUAAAGGUAAUAAAGUCUUUGAAGAAAGAAUUAAAACAACUUAA